AUGGCUCGUAAGCGUAAGGGGCAUGCUCUUAACGACUGCCCCAAGGACUUAAACGAAAUCCCGUACAUCCGCUGGAUGAACCAGCAAAUCGCCAACGGUCGUCACCCCAGGGGCUUGUCCGCGCCACCCGUUCUUGACGGCCAGGGGUCUACUGCACCGUCGCCCACGGCUGCACCGUCCCGUGUGCGCCGUCAGCCUACAAGGACGGCGGCAACACACCGGCCCGCCUUGGAGGAAGACGUCGCAGAUGAAGACGACGACGAAGGCGACGACGACGUCGCCUCCGACGAUGAGGACGAUGAACCUGAGGACCUUGGAAUGUCGCCCAGCGACGACGACGAUGACGACGACGAGGAUGCCCUGGACGACGCCACCGAGGAAGCACAGCCAGUCGCACCGCCGCCGAAACGGAAGACCGUACGCAAGGCUGUGUCCGAUAAGGGCAAAGGCAAGGCGGCCCAACCUGCAGCACGCCCAGAGCCGCGUAAGAAACGGGCUGCCGCACCAGUCAAGCGCGGCUUAUGGUCUGACAAGGAGAGCACCAUCUUCGCAGCGGCGAAGUGGUUUCUCAAGGAGGAGCUCGAGCCUCUCAAGGGGAAGCAGGGUACCCAAUACUGGGCCCGGCUGCUCGCACACAUCAAGGAGUCGAACCCCGGAUGGAUCCGGGGUGUCAACGCGCUCCAGAAACAGUGGCGUAACCUCAUGAUGCUAUGGCAGGAGUACAAGCGUGCCGACGAGGGGUCGGGCAACGGCUCCGUGGAGAAACCACCUUGGUUUCCGUACCUGGAGCUGCACAACCAGGACACCGCCGCAGCCGCACCGCAUGCCGUGGACGGAGGUGGCGCGAAUAACGUAAACGUCCCGGCGGGCAUGGAGGUUCCGCAAUCGUCCCAGCCAGGCACGUCAACUCCUUGCUUCACAGCUCCUCCGCCAACGACUCCUGCCACACCCAGGCGUGCCCGGGUGCAUGAGACGGCCACCAUGCAAGCGGCGAUGCUCGUCUCCGCCACCAUCAAGGACUGCCAUGGCGACGCGAUGACUCGCAUCGAAGGCCUCGUCCGUGAAUGGAUGGCGCAAGAUCUCCGACUUGCCCGUGAGCGUAUGACAGAGUCGGCUCCCCCGGAUGUGCACCGCGCGCCCCAGAAUUUCUCUCCACCGCCGCCACGUGGGGAGUCCGCGCCUGCUCCCGAAACCGGACGGACGCGUGAGAACGUGGGCGACGGCAACACCGUCACUCCGGCGGCUGAGGAUGUGGAGAUAUGGGUUCGCGGCGCCGACGAUUAG